AACUGAAAUGCUUGGUUUGCUAAAGAAGAACACAGCUUAAAGGAAAGUCCCACAUCUCUACAGGAGGAGCGCACUAAAGAAGAACUGGAAGGAAGGGUGCUGCCUGGAAGAAUAAAAGAUUUUUUAAUGGCAGACAGAGCUAUUUUGGAAACUUUCCUGAGCUGCCAUGUGUGUUCAGAGACUUUCAGAGAUCCUGUGUCUCUGAGCUGCAACCACAGCUUCUGUUCAAGCUGCCUGAAGGAAUUCUGGGAACAAACUGAAAACAGGAACUGUCCCAUCUGUAAGCGAUCGUCAAAGAAAGAUCCAUCCAUUAACUUCUCCCUCAGAGAACUUGCUGAUUUGUUUGCUGAGAAGCAAAAUGAAGCUUCAACUGAAACGGAAAAGAAAUAUAAGAAAGAGGAGGUGGUGUGUGUGAAACAUGCCGAUGUUCCUUAUUGGUUCUGUAAAAAUGAGAAGAGAGCUGUGUGUCCUGUCUGUGAGUUUUCUCUCCACCAGAGUCACAAAGUGGUUCCUCUAGAACAAGCAGUCAGUGAACUGAAGGAGCAGCUGAAAUCUGACUUAAAGCCUCUGCAGGAAAAGAAGGACAAAUACAAAGAAGUGGAGAAAACAUAUGAUGAUAUGCUUCAACACUCCAAGGAGCAGCUUUUGUCCACAGAGAGACAGAUCAGAGCAGAGUCUAACAAGCUCCACCAGUUCCUGAAAGAGGAAGAGGAGUCUAGACUGGCAGCUCUGAGGGAGGAAGAGGAGCAGAAGAGGAAGACUAUCAGCAUAGAGAUGAAGAGGAUUCAGGAGCAGAUCUCCUCUCUGUCAGACAGUAUCUCUGCUGUUGAAGAAGACCUGCAGAAAAACAACCUGUUGUUCCUCAGCAGCUAUAAAGCCACUCAGAGCAGAGCCAGAGCCCAGAGCUCACUGUCAGAUCCACAGCUGCUCUCAGGAGCUCUGAUAGAUGUGGCCAAACAUCUGGGCAACCUGUCCUACAGAGUCUGGGAGAAGAUGAAGGAGAAGGUCCAGUUCUAUCCUGUCAUUCUGGACCCAAACACUGCUAAUGGAUGGCUCCAUCUGUCUGAUGAUCUGACCAGCAUGAGAAAUGUAGACACAUGGGAGCAUCUUCCUGAAAAUCCAGAGAGGAACAAAUAUAUUGAGGUUUUUGGCUCUGAAGGUUUCAGCUCAGGGAAACACAGCUGGGAGGUGGAGGUGGGAGACCAUCCUGACUGGUAUGUGGGUUUGGUUAAAGAAUCAGUCGACAGGAGCGGAGAGAGAGAUGUUACACCUGAAAAUGGAAUCUGGUGUUUGUGUUAUGAAAAUGGAAAAUACACUGAUGGUGACAGUAAGGCAGUUUCAGUAAACAAAGGUCUCCAGAGGAUUCAAGUUAAUCUGGAUUACAAAAGAGGGUUGGUGUCCUUUUAUAACUGUGAAAACAUGUCUCACAUCUACAGCUAUAGAGACACUUUCACUGAGAAACUCCUCCCAUAUUUCAGUGUUGGAGAGACUUGUGAUGCCAAAAUGGCAGAAAUUAAAAUAUGUAAAACUAAAAUGUCGGUGAGAUUCAACUGACCUGUUUAGUUUUUUCCACGGUAGUGGAUUUAAUUCAGAUGGUCUUUGAGAUAUUGUAAAUGAGACAGAAACAAAACUUUAACCUUUUUUAUGUGGAUUUUAUGAAGCCUAAAAGUUACUAAAGCAUAAAACUAGAGAGACAUAUUUUUAACACUGAAAAAAAAAAAGGUUUGUACAAUGCAUCAGACUUUAACUGCUUUUCUAUAACGUCUGACCUUGCAUCAUAUGUGUGAAAAUUGUAUAAAGUAAUAAAUUUAUCUGGCCCACCAGAGCAAAAAAAAAAAAAAAAAAAGGCAUAUUGUAAAGCAAAGUGUAAAAAGUCGCUAAAACUGAAAAAUCAUAAAUUACGAGUGAUUUUCUCUUUGUCUAUUAUUGGUCAAAUUAAAGUUUUCAUCUAUACAGCUUAAACAACGCUUUUAAAACCCUGAGAUCAUGUGACCAAGGCCUGCAAAGUGCGUAGCACUAGAGGAUACAAACGACUUAUCCUGUGUCAUUUGAUCUUCAUAAACUCUAUUAAGCAUUUUCCAUUUCUUUUAAUAAAAUUGUUAUAUGUAUUUGUAAUAAAGUAAUGAUUCCUUCUUACAUACAGUCCAUAUAUACAUCUUAAAAUUGUCUAUAUAAGGAAAUGGUUUAAUUUGACCUAUCAUCUGAUUUACGUCUAAGCAAUUUAAAAUUUCUUUGUAGAGAAUCGUAACACAGAACGUCUUGGUUUGCUUUAGCAUGAAGAUAUGGAGGAUAUACAUCUUUCAUAAAGACAAAUUCAUAUCUUUCCUCACAUAAAGGUUGAAAACCAUCAAAAGAUUAUACUAAGAUAGCUUUAGUCAAUAUAAAAUAAUUUACCAGUUCAUUUCCACCCUGUUAAUCCCAAUAUCCUACAGAAACUGCAUACAUGUUCACUGCUCAAAGAGAACAACGACCCACUGCAGUAUUUCAUAACUACAGCACUGAUAGUGUAAUACUACAAGUACUUUUUUUACACCACUGGAUGCUGGUAUCAAUAAGUUCCUGAUGCUAUUUGAAUAAACUCACAAUAAGAGCACCAGAAGACAGGAUGUUUGAUUGUGUGACAAACAGAUUUGAUUCAACGAUGAUCAGUUCAACCAUUAUAAGGGGUGAACCAUGAUCGGUUCAAAGCUAGGAUGUUGUUUCAUUUUUAUUUUUAAUGUUUUGCUGUGGAAAAUGGGGUGAAGUAUUAAUGAAUGAGCUGUUAUGUUGUUACUGAUUCUUUACUAUACUGUGUAAAAUGUUUUUCGCCAUGUAAUCUUUUAAAGAACAGCUUAUAUCUUCAUGUUUUUCUAUCUUUUUAGUAAUUCAAAUAUACAUUAUAAUCUAAAUCUCACGCUUAAUUUUUAGAAACAAUAUUUUUCUUAUAUAUAUUUCCUGUUUAUCUGGAUUUAUUUUUUCCUAAUUUGUAUGUUAAAAGUCUAAAUUUUUAUUUGUGAGAACACCAAAAGAUUUAACAACCGUUCAUCACAUUUUAAGUCAUGUUUUGUUCCAGCGUGCUCAUGUAUACCGGUUACAGAUAAUCAUUUUAAUAAAGCAAGUAUUAAGCAUC